GCAGCAACAAGAGCAAGCAGCAAUACCAACAGCAGCAACAACAAUACUAACAGCAAUACCAACAACAGCAGCAACAAGAGCAAUACUAGCACCAAUACCAACAGCAGCAACAAGAGCAAUACUAGCAGCAAUGCUGCUGCUGCAUCUCAACAACAUCAACAAGAACAACAACAACACCAACAAAAACAACAUCACUCACAAGAACAACAUCACCAACAACACCAACAAAAACAACAUCACUCACAAGAACAACACCAACACCAACACCAACAACAACAACACCACCAACAACAACAGCGCAAGAGAUUGCUACGCCGUGCCAAUCCGUUGAAUUUGCGCUUUUAUUUGGCCCUGCAGCGGCUUCGCAUGUCUGCAACUCUGCGGAAGGAUUUGCGGAUUGCGAGCGCUUAUAAGAAGGCAUUAAGCUCUCUGCUGCGGUUCCCCCUGCCAAUCUUCGGCUCAAGUAAGGCUGGCCUUCUGGAGGGAGUUGGUGCGAAGACAGCCAGCAGUUUCGCACACGUGCUGGCUGCAGCACCUGAGUCGCCAGAUCGUCAUCCUGAAGGCCUUUUUGCAGCGCUUUCCGAGGCUGCUGCAGCUGCUGCGAAGACUUCUUCAGCUGCUGCCGAGGCAGAGGCUGUGACAGCAGCAGCUGCCUCCACCUCCUCCUGCAGCAGCAACUUGCUGCUGCAGCUGCACAGACACCGCGUGGCAGCUCUCAAUCGAACGCUUGCCUUCGCGGAAGCCGAGCUGCGACGAGGGAGGCUCCCGCUUCUCGGCCCCCCCAACAACCCUUGCAACAACAACAACCCUUGCAACAACAACAACCCCACAAAUAACAACAGCAGCUCCUGCGGCCGUGCGCUGAAGGUGCCCCCUCGGUGCACCAGCAAGUGGGGGGUGUUGCUGUGUCUCUACAGCUUUGGUCACUUCUUUCGCAAGAGACGCAUGCGCUUGACACAUCUGACUGCGGCAGCAAACAAACUCAAAAGCCAAGUACCUUCGCGAAAUGGAAUUCGCUGUGCAGUUCGACACCUGCGUCUUGCUGUUCAGAAGCUCUGUGAAGAAGGCCUUGUGCUGCAGUUCCCCACCAAGAGCAGCACGCGCAUGCGCGGCAGCAGCAGCAGGGCAGCGACUGCGGCGCAGCCUCUCGAAAGCAGGGAAGAAGUCUUGCGGAGACAGCCGCAGCGGCAGCGAGAACAGCGGCUUCCUCGCUAUGGUCUUACCCCUGUGGGAGAGCUUGUUGCUGCGAAAUGUGCAGCUGCAGUCGCUGCCCCUCUGGCUUCCGCCUCCCCCCCCUGUGCUGACACCGCUUCCAGCAGCAGCUGCACGAGCGAGGAGGAAGGAGACGAGGGGCAAGCCGUAGUGGCAACGGUAUUUAAAGGCUGCGAUGCCUCUCUAAAAGCCGCUCUUGAGGGCGAAACGCAGGAGGCAGCACCGGCGGCAGAAGUAGCGACUUCCACGUUGGCUGCAUGCAUAACAGCAGCCUCGCCUAGCCAUAAUGCUCUCACGGCAGAACCCCUGCUCGUGAGGCUUAAUAGGGCUGCAAAGGCAGCUAGUGCUGCUGCUGGUACAGCAAAGGCGGCUGAUGCUGGUGCUGCAAAGGCGGCUGAUCGAUCACGCGCUGUCGAGGAUCUUGCAGCGGCUGCAGAAGCAGCGACGAGGGUGCUCGCUGCGUGUAGUCACCCCCCCGAGCUGGUGCUGCUGACAGACAGCAGGGAGAGAUGCGGGGGUGGGGGGAGGCGCAUGCAGCAGCGGUCCUUGCUGCAGCGCCUGCUGCAGCGCAACAAAGUUCCUCACCAGCAGCGCUGUCUUCCCCUAGGAGACUUUGCUUGGUGUUGGCUGCCUGACGCUCGAGGUGCAGCAACGGUUCCCCCGACGACGCAUGCGCAGGCUCAGCCAGGGCUAGAAUACUUGUUUCCGAUUCUGGUGGAAAGGAAGACUUGUGCGGACUUACUGGCAUCCAUUCUCGACGGCAGAUACACAGAUCAGCAGCAGCGGCUCAUGGAGGCUCUAGGCGUGGAAACUGUCAUCUACCUCUUUGAAGGCGAGUGCAGCCACAGCGGCAGCAGCAGCGCAGCAACAGCAGCUGCAGCGGCUUGCGAACCGUCUACGCACCGUGGCUUUAGGCGCUGCACGAAGCACAUGCAUUUCGCUUUGCGUGUUUUCGUGAUCGUUCCGCAGAUCGAAGGCGUGGGCUGCUCUAUGGCCCUGCGGCUGGCUGCUGCCUUUCAGACGCCAGCGCUGCUGCGGCGUCGCAGCAGCAGCAGGCGAGGAACCCCCUCCGCCUCUCCCCGUCCUAGCAAGCGACUGACUGAGCUCAAAGGCAACGCGCGACUAGCGAAGAUUUUUUUUGUGUUGCGAGAUUUGUACGGCGAGACUUCUGCAACAGGAGAAGCUAUGACCUCCUCGUCGCUUAAGGCUGUUGAAGAGGUACCUGAAAGUAAUCUGCGCACGCCAGCUGCGGCGGCUAUGCGCAGAUGGGCUGCCUGUGACCUCGAAGGUAAGGCUGCCGGCGAGGCGCAGUGCCGAUUAAUGCCCCUCGAAAUAAUAGCGUCGCAGGCCCCUACUGAGGGCGACGGAGCGGCAACCAUCGCACGGUGUACCGGGACUGCCGACGAUCCCCUGGAAGUGUGA